AUGUCGCACCCCAGCACUCUGGAUUUGGACAGAAGCAGCGUCCUGGAGAAAUCUCGUCGCUCCGCCAGUCGGAGCAAGCCCCGGGCCCAGUCCCGGGCCGAGCCCUGGGCCCAGGCCAAGCCCGGGGAGACCCUGUGUGACUUCUGCACAUCAGGAAGGGAGAAGGCCGAGAAGUCCUGCCUGGUGUGCCUGGCGUCCUACUGCGAGGCUCACCUCCAGUCCCACUAUGACUAUCCGGCCCUGAUGAAGCACAAGCUGGUCAAAGCCACAGGUCAGAUGAGGGAGAAGCUCUGUGCCCAGCACGACAAGCUGCUGGAGGCUUUUUGUCGCGCUGAUAACACAUCCGUGUGUGUGCUGUGCAUGAUGGAUGAACACAAGCAUCACGACAUCGUCCCGGCUGGAACUGAAAGGACAGAGAAACAAAAACAACUUGGUACUACACUGUACAAAUCUCAACAAAGAAUUGACCAGAGAGUCAAAAAGUGGCAGGAUCUCCGACAAGCUGUGGAAUCAGUUAAACACUCGGCUCAGAGUGCCCAGGAGGAGAACGAGCGGAUCUUCACCGAGCUCCUGCUCUCCAUAGAGAGGAAGUACAAUGAAGUCAAGGAGAUGCUCCGCUCCCACGAAAAGAUGACAGUGACUCGGGCCGAAAUAGUGCUGGACCGUCUGGAGGAGGAGGUCACUCUGCUGAGGAAAAAACAUAACGACCUGGAGAAGCUCUCGCACACUGACGAUCACAUACACUUUCUACAGAGCUGGCAGUCUCUGUCAGGACCCUCUGGGUAUGAAGACCUCAACAGCAUCUCUGUCGCUCCCAACUACUCAUUUGAAUCCACCAAGAGAGCCAUCGGUGCUCUGAAAGUACAAGUGGAAGAAGUCAGCAAGAAUGAAAUGAGCAAAAUCUCAGGAGCAGUGAAGGAAGUCUACGUGACACAAGAAGGGGAAACCAAGGCACGAAGAGAAUCAAUUGUGAAGGAAGAAACCAGAACAAGGGAUGAAUCAAGAGCAAGAGAAGAACCAAGAAUAAGAGAAGAACCAAGAACAAGAGAAGAACCGAGAACAAGAGAAGAUUUCCUGAAAUACUCCUGCCAGUUGAAUCUGGAUGUCAACACCAUUCACCCUAGCCUCCACCUCUCUGAGGGAAACCGGACAGCCACGAUGAAGAGUGAGCCCAAGAACUACCCGGACCACCCAGAGCGAUUCGACCACUGGCAGCAGGUAUUGUGCAAGGAGAGCCUGAGUGGGACUCGUUGCUACUGGGAGAUGGACUGGAGGGGAACAGAGGUGGACGUGGCUGUCACCUACAAGGGAAUCCGCCGCAAAGGGAACGGGAAUGAGUGCAGCCUGGGCUGGAACGAUAAGUCCUGGAGUCUGUACUGCUCUGACUCCCAGUUCUCCUUUGUGCACAAUAACAAGAGGAAAGAAAUCCAGGCUCAAAUAUCGUCUCGUAUUGGCAUCUACGUGGAUCGUGCAGCUGGAAUACUUGCGUUUUACAGCAUCUCUGACGGCAUGAAGCUUCUGCACAGAACCCAAACCACGUUUACAGAGGCCCUCUACCCUGCAUUCAGUGUGUGGGGCUUUGGCACCACAAUUAAACUGUAGCAGAGUCACUUUGCUGCUAGUGAUCUGAA